ACAGAACCUGCUUUAAGUGCACCAACCUCACUUGAAAACCAUUAACAAUGGCCUCAGUCUUUCAACCAAUUUCCAUGUCUCCCACCACUUUGUCCCUAACUAGUUCCGGUACUUCAUUAUUAGCUGCAGGAAAACCAGCAUGGUUUUCCUUUUCCUUUAAUAAACACUCAUCCAUCCCAAGUAGUAAAAACAACUCAAGAACAAGAAGUGGUAGAGGUGGCAGCAUUGUGUGCUUGAGAGGAGGAAAUAUCUCAGUCCAAACCAGUGCUCCUCAAACCACUACUGACGCAGCUGUGGCUUUUGGCAGGCAGAGCUUCCCUCCUGGCUUUGCUUUUGGUGCUGCCACUGCUGCUUAUCAGAUAGAAGGAGCUUGGAAUGAAGGAGGGAGAGGGCCAAGCAUUUGGGACACUUUCGCCCAACACCACCCUGAAAAAAUUGAAGACAGGGAGCAAUGGAAAUAUUGGCGUGGAUUCAUAUCAUCGAUACAAAAG